AACUCUAAGGACAUUUUCAAUUGUGCCAUCCACACAGAUAGCUUUGCUGUCACUUUCCUUUUUGUCAGGGCCAAGAAAAAGAACAGUGACAUACCUUUGCUUACACUUGAAGAUUUCACUCACGAUGAGAUUGAACGGUACUUCGUACCAGUUACUAUCGAUUCUGGUCGCAAUCAAAUAUUCACUGCUGCUGUAGGCUACGACAGCGUUCAUCAUCAAGUUCGUUCAUGUAGCAAAGAGGAACGAGCCAACAUUGCUGGUUACACCAGGCGUGCAAAGAUAGUCGACAAUAAGAAAAAUAUAACCGGCUUAAAGGACAUCGAAUCGGAGAUGCCAACCAGCAAAACGGUUCACUCGGAUGGGUAAUAUCUACUCUACGUCUCAUACGUUUUGCAACAUCUCCAGGCUCUUCAUGACUUCUAUGGCUUUAAUUCCGCUAAAUUUAAUUUUAAUAAUUACCAAGGCCACCUGAAAGCCGAUGAGGAGAUGGCCUAUAUGCUAAUUGAUGGAGGGAAAAAAUAUAACAUAAGGAAGCGGAAAAAGACCAACAAGAACAAGCGUAGAAAAAGAAAGCGUCGAAAAGGACAAAAAACAGAAAGAAGCAAGGUAAGGGCAGAAAAAGCAGCGAAAGCGCGAGCGCGGAAAGAAUCACAGGGGGAGUCGCAGAAGAAGGCAAAGAAACCGCAAAGCGCAAGCCAAAGGUACAAACCAAAAAAUACCAAUAGAUGGACUGCCGCAACAUUUUCUGAAGACCGCACCAAACUUCCUCUCAUUGUUUUCGGUGACGGUAUGCGCAAUAAAGAUAAUGUCCAUUUUAAAGAGCAUUCAUCUGGCGUCACCGGAAAUCUCUAUCGUAGUCUCUUGAAAAGACAGCGC